AUGGAAAGUGAAGAAGCCGACUCCACCAUCCAAGCAGAGGUCGAUGUCCUCAUGUUCGAUUAUCUUCUCUGCACAACAAUUGACCAACUCCUAUGCCACGGAAGAGCGAGGGUGGAAGGGCAGAAGCCAGAAGACCAUAAUAUCGAGUGGUACCUGAGAACCAUUCAAACAACCAGAGCAGUGUUGUUGGACCCAAAUAGUCUUCCGGAUGACAUAUGUACCAAAGACCGACUGCUGAAUUUUGCCGUGAUAUUCUGUCGCCGGUAUGCCUUACUACAGAACGGCGCUGCGGAAGCAACUGCCCUGUUCCUACUGGCCAACUUUCUCGCGCUCUGCGAAGGACCAGGGGAGAGCUGGCCCGAGCUCAAAGAUGCCAUCUUAGCUCACCUGAUUAUGGCGGCCGCAAAAGAGGAGCUUGCGGCGACCGGCAUUCCGUCAACCCCGGGCUACGACGAGUGUAUUAACCGCGUACACAAGGUCAUAGAAGAAAAAUCAACGGCGAAGGGACGACAAGGGCACCUGAAAUACUUCCAGCCACCUCGCGGUUUGUCGCUAGAGGUUCAUCUAAGGAAUAUAUCAAACGGACUGCCUGCAGCUCAGCUUGCACGUGCAGUGAUUGAUUACCUGGCCAACUUAAUGCAAUCGCUAGAUCCACCCAUACUGCUGCAAUUAGAGAGAGGGAAACUGGGUGGGCUUACCCGCGAAGAGACCAGGCAGUUGAAAGAAAGAAUAGGACUUUGA